AUGCCGCCCAAGAAGCCUGCGGGCAACGUCGUCCACGCCGAGAUUGCCGUCCAGCAGUCGCUCAAGAACUGCCUCGUCAACCUGCCGCCGUCGCUCGUCUCGGUGCUGGUCAACGCCAACACUGUCGCCCAGAAUGUCGUCGUCGAGCUCUCGUACCGCCAGCCGCCCCCUCCCGGCGCUUCGGACAGCAAGAACGUCGCGCCCAAGUCAGUCUUCAUGGGAUGGACGGGCAUGCAGAGCAAGCGCAGGAUUGCGCCUGUAGUGGGCAAGGACGGAUUGCGAGGCAGCCCGGCCGUCAGCCAGCAGGAUCUUCCUGCCGUCGAAGUCGAUGCGACGUUUGCACGACUGAUCGGUCUCCAAGACGGCCAGAAAGUCGGCAUCAUACUGCAUCUGGACCCUCCCCAGGCGCAUACCAUCAACAUCGAGCCAUUGACGCCGGUCGACUGGGAAAUGAUCGAGCUGCAUGCCCAAUUUCUCGAGCUAAACUUCCUCUCGCAGAUCCGCGCACUUCCCAAUCCCCAAGCCCAGUCGCCGCAUCCCCUGACGCUUCACCUCUCCCCUACUACGACCGCCAACAUUACAGUAACCUCCAUCACCCCUGCGCCGGAGAACUCGUCUCCUUUUGUGAAGAUCUCUCCCGACGCCGAAGUCAUUGUUGCGCCCAAGACACGUCAAAAAGAGAGAAGCUCGACGCGCGAAAGCCGGAGCGUAGGCGCUGCUUCGAGAAAGAGUGGAAAGAGCGCUGCAAGCACAGUUCGGCGGCGCAGCGGUCGCGAGGAGGCUGUGAGCAAGGGUGUCGUCUUCUUGCGCGGUGUCGACCGGAGCGUGGCUCAGGAGUGGUUCGAUGAAGAAGACGAUGCAGAAGCCGAGGGUCUGAAGGUCUGGGUCGACAGCGAAGUCCUUCUGACAAAAGCACUGAGAGGCGCUACUUGGGUUUCUGUGGCGGUCAUCAAGCCUGCAGGACUGCAAGAGCCCGUCGACAUGUCCAAGGAACAAGAGCAAGAGAAGCCUGCGACUCGCGUGGUAGCAAGACUCGUAGCAUGGGAAGAUGCACCGGAUAGCCGUCAUGUGGCGCUUUCGACCGACCUCUGCAAGGUGCUGGGCUGCGAGAAAUUCGUCGGCGGGCUCGUCCGGAUCGAAGCUGCUCCUGCGCAAACCCCCAAACCGCCCGCCAUCAAGUCACAGGGUACGAAAGAGUCGCGGGAACCAAUUGUGAAGACGGUCAAGAUUAUGCCUUUUGCCACGGCCGCGUCAAUCAGCAACGCAUCGCUCAAAUUUGGCGGGGAAUCCAAACAAGACCAAGAAAUUGCCAUACAGAAGAUCAAAACAACAUACGGAAAGAAGAACGGUAUGCUGGACGGACCAGUCACAGAUGGCAUGAUACUACCGCCAAUCAAGGAUUCCGAGCUUGGCUGGCAAGGAGGCAUUGUCAAAUUCGAUCCACCAUCAACAGCUACUGGAGUGUCAUGGGUCCUCUUUCCCGAGAGAAAACCGCCCCUUGAACUAGGUCAGGAGGUGCCAGUACCUUGGAGCUGGACAAAGGGAUGGCAGCAAGGCGAGCCACUCCCCGAGACUCCGGCACAUCUGGUUGGAAUUGAUCCUCUGAUUCAACAACUGAGAUCGCAUCUAACGCACAACUCAUCCGUCCUCCUUACCGGAGGACUUGGAGCAGGAAAGUCCGAGUGCGCCCAGCUUCUUGCGCACCAGCUUCGAACAGAAUACCUGUUCAACACCAUAUACUUCCCUUGUCGCAAACUGGUCACAGACGAGACACGUGUUACGACCAUCAAGGAAACGCUCAAUCGGCUGUUUGCCUCGGCAUCGUGGGGCGCGAGGGGCGGCGGAAAUGCAGUUGUCAUUCUGGAUGACCUAGACAAGCUAUGCCCUGUGGAGACUGAGCUCCAGGUCGGCAACGAGAAUGGUCGAAGCCGGCAAGUCAGCGAGUGUUUGAUCAGCAUCGUCCGCCAAUAUUGCUCCAUGGACUCUGGUGUAGUGCUGUUAGCCACGGCACAAGGGAAGGAAGCGCUAAACAAUGUCGUCGUCGGCGGUCACAUUGUUCGAGAAAUCGUCAGCUUGAAGGCACCGAACAAGGACGGCAGAAGAAAGGUCAUGGAGAUGCUAGCUUACAAGGACGCUAAGCCAGAGUCCAAGGAGAAGGUCAAUGGCCAUGCCUUCCCAGCCUCCCCAACAGACAGUCGACCAAGCACUGCCCAUCGCAGCCAUGCCAGCAUCGACAGCAUACCAAAACCACCUUCUGACGAAUAUGGCUUCGCUGUCGACCCUACCAUCGACUUCCUUGAUCUUGCAGGGCAAACAGACGGCUACAUGCCCGGUGAUCUUGUCCUUUUGACUUCGCGCGCACGGAACGAAGCACUCAUUCGCUCCGUCACAUCCACAUCACCUACCGUGUCUCUUACUCGAGAAGAUUAUGCCCAGGCCCUCUCAGGUUUCACCCCCGCUUCGCUGCGCAAUGUCACCUUACAAUCUAGUACCACAAAAUGGGACUCAAUCGGCGGUCUUCAUAACACACGGCAAAUUCUCAUGGAGACUCUUCAAUAUCCUACCACAUACGCUCCCAUUUUCGCAAAAUGCCCGCUGCGUCUGCGCUCAGGUCUUCUUCUCUACGGCUACCCCGGGUGCGGCAAAACACUCCUCGCCUCUGCAGUGGCAGGUGAAUGCGGUCUCAACUUCAUUUCAGUCAAAGGUCCGGAGAUCCUCAACAAGUACAUUGGUGCGUCUGAAAAGUCAGUCCGUGAUCUCUUCGAACGAGCCGAAGCAGCACGACCCUGUGUUCUUUUCUUUGACGAGUUCGAUUCGAUUGCACCAAAGCGUGGCCAUGAUUCUACAGGUGUGACGGACCGUGUGGUCAACCAGCUCCUCACACAGAUGGAUGGUGCCGAGGGUCUUUCAGGCGUAUAUGUCUUGGCCGCCACCUCACGCCCAGAUCUCAUUGACCCUGCCCUGCUCCGUCCAGGUCGUCUCGAUAAAUCCCUUCUCUGCGACAUGCCCGACGUGGAAGAGCGCAUCGACAUCCUCCGCGCCGUAACCGCUAAACUACAUCUCGCGCCCAGCGUCCUCUCGUCAGACGCCACUGGCCAAAACCUCCGAGAAAUCGCCAGCAGAACAGAGGGAUAUUCAGGCGCCGAUCUGCAAGCCGUCGUCUACAACGCACAGCUUGAAGCCAUCCACGACGCCCUCGGCGACAUUGACCCCUCAAAGCUCGACGCAGGCGGCAACAAGAAAGACGGCAGCGGCUCUGCAAAAGACACAAAGGGCAUCCCCGACUUUUCCUACUUCCGCUACGGCGACAACGACGACAACGCCGGACCCUCCUCCUCCGACUCAGCAAUGCGCACCUCGAACCAAAUCACCGAGCGCGCAAUGAUAGCCCAGAAAAUCGCCGCUCUCCAGGCCCUCCGCAGAAAGCAAAGACAAAUCCAGCGCUCCGCCAGCGGCGUCGUGGAUCCCGCCAAAGACGACGCCAACGACUACAACGCACAUGACGCAAAGCAAACAGAUGCUGGCGAGCGCAAAGACCCCCAGAUCCAGUGGAAACAUAUCGAGUCGUCGCUUACCUCGGGCCGCAGCAGUAUCUCGGCCCAGGAAAGAAUGAGGCUCAAGCGCAUCUACACUGAGUUUGUCGAUGGUCGAGACGGCAAUUUGCCCAACGGGCAGGGUGGAACGGAGAUUGGGGGCAGGAGCAGUUUAAUGUAAUGUAAAUUCGGGCGAGUAAACUGCAUUGUAUCAAAG